GGUUCGCUCGCGAACGUUUCUGACCGUCGUUCUGAAUUGGAGCGGUGUGAGAGAGUUUACAGCUGCAUCAUCACUUCAUAUAGCGCACCCAAACUGCGAGGACACCACCUCAUCGGAAGCGAACCCAUUUGGAGUGUACAAUCACCUGCGAGGCUGUGACUGCACUUUCUCUGAAGCAGACUAGGACCCAACGAAAUAUUUUAUUUUAUUUAUUUAUUUAUUUCUCAGCUACGAAAGGGAAUGCCAUCGAUAAAUAUGAAACUGGAGAUGGUGACCAUCAUCGCCUGCGAGGUAGAUGCCGAGGUCUUUACGUCCGACAAAAUGCAGGAGCGGUUCGAGGCCCUGUUCAGGAUCUAUGACGAGCAGACGUCCUUCCAGAUGUUCAAGAGCUUCAGGCGAGUCCGCAUCAGCUUCAGCACUCAGGAGGCGGCCGCCCGCGCUCGUGUCGAGCUCCACGAGACCGAGUUCAACGGGAAGCAGCUCGAGCUUUACUUUGCCCAGGUUCAGAACUCUGGGGAGGACAUAGACAAGUCGUAUCUGGCGCCUCCCGCGCCCGUCAAACAGUUCGUAAUUUCGCCCCCAGCCUCGCCGGACGUGGGCUGGAGCCAGAGUGAAGACGCAACGCCUGUCAUCAACUACGACCUGCUGUGUGCUGUGGCCAAGCUGGGCCCAGGGGAGAAUUAUGAGCUGCACGCGGGCACAGAGUCGACCCCCAGCGUUGUAGUGCAUGUGUGCGACAGCGACGCCGAAGACGACAACAGCGCCGAAGCGCGUCCCAAGCAGAAACAGCAGAUCGUCCAAACCCGGCACCCCGACGGACCGCCGGAAGUCCUCAACUAGGACCCUUCACUCCGGACCCCACUCCUACGACCCCAACACACACGCACCUAGCCCUGUCUUCUCUGUCUCUGCACUCGCAGAGCACAACGAGACAACGCCCCUCAUUUCAGUUCAACCAAAAACAAACAAACAACAAACAUUUAGUGGUGUUUGUGGACGGAGCAUGGCUAUUGGAUGGAAUGAGGCGGCCUGGCCUGGCCUGUAUGGAUGAUGGAGGAUGGAUGAGAUUCAAACACACACUCAUCACACUCAAAGGAAAGGGAGGGAGGGAUAACGGAACCCUUGACCCUUACUCAGCCAGGGGUGGUAAUGUAACACCUUGAGCAGGCACACUGUCAUAGAAUCAUCCACUCAGCUCUCAUAUGUACUAGUAUUAUAGUAGUUCCGCUAGUCUGACCUCUCCUUCUUCUUUCCUUCUUAAUGUCAUUGGUUAGUUGUGUGCAUUGGACUUCGGGGACAUGCAAUACCUCCGGAGAGAGAUUUUGGUUGUUACAUCUGUUCUUCUUCUGCUCUUUUAUCAUAUCAGCUGAUUGGUUGUUUCUGCCAUCACAGAAUCAGGAUUGAUUGUCUGGUAUUCCUCUUGUCUGCAUGUAUGAGUUUAUAUGAGAAAAAUACUUACUACAGAGACUAAAAUACUAAACUACUGUAUGAAGCAAAGGAACCUAUUGAGGUCACACACUACAUAGCAAAAGGUCGCCAUGUGGUAACAACAAAGUUGUGGUGGUGUUUGCAUUUUAUUUUUUUGUUCUGCUUCUGUCCCUUUUUAUCAGAGAUGUGUCUGUUGGUUUUUGCUGAACUAGAUGUGUAUUCUUCCUCUUAACAUGUAUUUGAUACCACAAACAAUCUGUUUUUUUGCAUGCUUACUAUAGUCGGCAGCUGAGGCAUUUUAUACUGGUCGAGACGACAGGGAAAUGGAAUGACGCUUUUGACGGCAUGCAUAUCUAUAGUUUUAUAGUGUCAGGUGAGAGGGGAAAGGCUGGCUGAGCAAGAAAUAAGAAAGAAACCUUUACAGUGUGAGUAAAGGCCUAAGAGUAGGGCUUUAGGAUAGGAGUAAAAGCUAGCAGUUAUCUUCGAGAGUGUUGAUGUUUUUUCAGGGGGCAUUUUAAUGAUUCCCAUCUUUCCGGUAAUGGUUUUUGUUUCUUGUUAUGAUAUCAACCCACUUUAUAUAUAUGUCUGUUUUUCUUCUUCUGAAACCUAUAUUGCUUGUUUUGCACUGAACAUCUCUAGAUCUCUGGAGCUACACUGAAGGAAUGUCCUGAAUUUCUUCUGUCAGCUCUUAAGAGUUUAAGGCUGCUUCUUAGUUCUUGCUGUAAAUAGCUGAAUAGUCAGUAGGUGGAAAUAGUCCAUUAGGUUUUAAUGAUUGACAUUAAGCGUUGCUGAGAAAGUGAAAAUGAAUUAGCCUCCUUGCCUCUGGAGAUAUCAACCAAAGCCUUCGUCUCACCUUGCAGUCACAACACAAAUCAUUGGAAACUCAAGAAACUAAAGAGAAAGUAUUGAUUUUAUUCACUCCAAUUUGGAAAACUGCUGCAUUCACAGUUGUUACUUUGUUCACCCCCCCCCAA